AUGGCGUCCAUUUCAAGAAAGGAAGCAGAUAACACCGCCAACUCACACAUUGUAUUGACUGGCGAUUUCAGCGUCGAGUUACCGAGGCAACGCUCCAAAGUUGUCCGGAUAUUUACCAGUUCGACUUUUACAGACACAUCCGUAGAACGUAACGCCCUGAUGAGGGAAACUUACCCUCGUCUUAAAGACUACUGCAAGUCACGCCAUGGUUUGGAGUUCCAGGUCAUUGACAUGCGAUGGGGAGUACGGGAUGAAGCGACAGAUGACCACAUGACGUCACAAUUAUGCAUGGCGGAGAUUGCCGGCUCUAACAACGGAAAGCCGAUUGAAACGCUCGACGAGUGGUUUAGAUGUGACGACAACUGCAUACCACCUGUGUACGUCCUACAGCCAAUCAGUUCCAGGCUGCCAUACUUCAAUCGCCAGGACGAUCCUGAGAAAAUGAGGGCGCACAAGACAGAGUGGUGGGCAACCUUUGAGCUACUCCAAGGUCAGCUGCGUUUUGCUGCUAACGAGGUGGAAAAGCAGGGUCUGCUGACAGCAGACCAAUCAAAGAAGUACAGGAUUUCAGUAACCCACGACGAAGUUGAUCAUGGCAUUAUCAAUACACCGUCGGACAGACAGAACCAAUGCCUAUGUUUCAUCCGAAAGUUCAGCGACUUAGAGAGCAAGUAUGAGACGAGAGAAGCCUCAAAGUUCCUCGACCUUCAGGACGGAAAGGUAGACAUCGAGGCAAGGGAGCUGCUUUCUGAUCUACGUGACAACAAAGUCACCCAAGCACUUCCCCUCUCCAAUACAAUUGUAACCGAUCUAGGCGAGUGGACAAAGGAUGGGGUUAAUCUAGAUAACAAGAAUCACAGUGAAUAUAUCAAAGGCUUUUUGGAUACGUUUUACACCAAGAUCGUAAGCCUGGUAGAGAUUGGUAUCUCAAAGGAGAAGCUUGCCAGCCUGGAAGAUCCCUUACAUCAGGAGAUUCUGCAGCACCUGUCUUUCUGUCUGAGUAAAUGCGUUGGAUUCCAGGGCAGGGAUGGCAUCAUUAAAAAGGUGAAGGCCCUGUCAAUGGAAGAUGUCUUGGCCGAUUUCUCCAAAGCAGAAGAGAAGGUAGAUGAUGUAGAAAUUAGCAUACUAUUCGGAGCCCUGCGGCUUUCGUCGUCCGUCAUUUCAGAUAAUCCAGAUCAAUUAGCACCCGAGGUGAUAGGAAGACUGAUGGAUGCUGCCUCUAAAUUCCCAAGGAUGGAAUCGCUUCUCAAGCAAGCUAAAAUUGCAGGGAGUCUGUCUCACCCACUACUGCCAUUGAGCACAUGCCUUCAACCUCCUGGUGGAAUGAUGCUGACGUCACUUGAGGGCCACACUGGGGAAGUCGUUUCCUUAGCAAUCACAAGUGAUUCACGGUUGGUUGUAACCGGUUCGAAGGAUAACACGGCUCGCAUCUGGCAGAUAGAAAAUGGCACAUUGGUGCACAUAUUGACUGGUCAUAGGGAAGCCGUCUAUGGCAUCGAAAUUACACCAGACGAUCAGAGUUGUGUGACGUACACCCACAAUGGGGAGUACAUGAAGUCAGGCAAAAUAUGUGUCUGGAAUAUGGAAACAGGAGAUCUGAUUCACCGACUAAAAGGGCAUACAGGUAAAGGCCAAUCGAACCUGGCAAUCACUUUGGAUGGAAAAUACGCUGUCAGCGGUCUACAGACAACAGUCAGCCACGAUGAUAAUAACGAAGACACGGACCACGAGGAGGACGAAAUCAUAACUGACUCAAAGAAAAGACACAAAGAAGAAAAAAGGAAAGAGUUGAUAGCCUGUGAGUACCAAGACUGGGAUGAGGAGGUAUACGAUGAUGAAAGUCGAGACGUCGUGGUCAUUUGGAAUUUGGAGUCUGGACAAAUCAUGCACUGGUUGAAUAAGCAUACAGAUGAAAUAAAAGGUGUAUUGACGACAGAGAUAGCUGGCCGACAAGUAGCCAUAACGUUCUCCGAAGAUCACACUCUUGUUCUUUGGGACAUCCUGAAAGGUGAGAUGAUUCGUGAAAUGACAGAUGCAGACGACUUUCCUAUCUUGAAGGUGGUACUGUCCGAAGAUAGACGACUUCUUGCCGUGCAUGGCUAUGAAAUCUCACUGCACAGCUUCCCUGAUUGCGAGUAUCUAGGAGACGCUAGAGACCCUGAGUCGAGCUCCACUGUGGAAGCCAUGUACAUCACCAAAGAUAACACUCGUGUCAUAUCUGGACACACUGCUGGUGUCGUGAGAACAUAUGGAACUGGGAAUAAUACAGAGAGAACACUCCUCGGACGACAGGAUUGCUUUGAAAGAGACGGCGAACUAACCAGCAUGGCUAUUACUCCGAAUGAAAGGUACGUGGUUGCUGCAUUUAAAACGUCAGAAGCUGUAGUUCUGAAUCCUGAAACAUUGGAAGUAGAGGCCAAAUUACAGCACAUCCAAAACGUGUCGACUGUUGCUGUGACACCAGAUGGUUCCAAGAUUCUCACAGGAUCAGAGGACAAGAACGUCCGCAUCUGGGAUGUUACUAAUCUCAAAACGUCCAACUCGAGGGACGAGCCAGAACUGCCGAUCAGCAAACACGACGGUUGCACAUAUGAAGCACUGACCUUAAAUUCUGACGACAAAGUUAUCACAACGGGAAGUGAUAAAACGAUCAAGCUGUGGGAUGUACGGAGUGGGAAGUUGAUCAAGUCCAUCAAGGAUCCAAUGGAAGAUACUUGCUAUGCUGUGGCUAUAAGUAGAGACGACACCUUCAUGGUAGGGUCCAGCAGCGGAUGGUACGUCCUCACCUUGCCUGACUUUGUGCUCCUGCGCAAAUUCAAAGAACUAUGGAUAACACCCUCUCAUUGUGUGAUCACCCCAGAUAACAAAAGACUAGUCGCUGGGCUUGGACAGCCCAAGUUCGAAAUCCGAUUCCUCCAUCUGGAAACAGGGCAGACGCUUCAGAUCAUUAAUUUGAGAUCUACUGCUUUUCGCAUGCUAAGACAUGGAGUGUUCAUCAAUCAGUACACGAUUGGAAUGUACGACUCCUUAGGAAAGACCAAGACACUCGAGCUCAUCGAUAGUGACCAAGGGCGCGUGAUAGGUGAGCUCAAACAUGCUGAUCAGGUCUUAUCAAUUGCUGUCUCGCCAAACGAAAAGAGUCUCGUCGUUGGAAGCAACGACAACGAUGUCGACCUGUGGAAUCUCACCACAUUCUCAAAAAUAGCCUCCAUGAAAGGACACACAGGACGCGUCAAGACAACAGCAUUCUCUCCCGAUGGAAACCUCACAGCAACUGGGGCCGACGGCGGUGAAAUCAUCAUCUGGGACGUCCAGUCACAGUCACUGAAGCAUUUCCUAAGACGGGCGCAUGAAUCUGAUGUCUCAAUUGUGAUAUUCAGUCCCGAUGGCCGAUUCUUGGUGUCAAGUGGACAGGAUGACAAUUAUAUUCAAGUGUGGGACACCCAGACCGGCAGACACUUGAUGAAGUAUCAUACCUAUGCCAAGACUAGUUCCAUAAUAAUGUCAGCUAAAUGUAACACUGCCAUUAUAACACUUCAGGAUGGAAGAGUAGCCUUCCUAACAUUCUCAACCAGCAUCCGAUUAUCAACCACCAGCAAGAAAUCAGCACCUGCCUCAGUCACUGGUAUCUCAAUCAGUCUGAAUUCCCCAAUGACCGGAGGGAAACAGCCUCAAUUCCGACAACAGAUGCUGGCGGCGCGUGAAAUUCGGACCCCAAAUCAGCCGCGUGAAAGCAAAACGUGUCAAGUUCUAUGAACCUGUGAUUGUGAAACGGAGUAUUGCCGUCAAAAUUGAGUAACUUUGCAAACUUGAAAUAGAUAGAAGGGUUAGAUAGUCAUCCCGGCUCCUUAACUUUGACAGGCGCAUUGGGAGUAAUUAAAACGAAAACUUUUGUUUGGUCUCGAAUGGCUAUGCGACGUUAGCUGGGAGUUUUGUGUCUCAGUCGCGCCACAGUUGGAGGGUUCAAUCGAAAUAAAACCGACGAACAGAAAACCUUCAGCACAAAAAUGAAGGGAAAAAGACUUUUACCCACAGCAUCAUGCAGACAUACUAACGCCAAAGGUGAAGAAAAGAGAGGGUCACGAUAAUACUUACCCAUGGACUGUUAAUGUUGGAAUAACUUGGUUCACUGGCUUGACAACCAUACACUAUCAAUCACCGAGGGAAAACAAUUUGACAACAGAUAAUCACUUUUUGAAUGGAUAAAAUAUGAUUAAUAAUGGUUAAUUAAUUAUACGCAUUUAAUUGAAAUUUGAGCACUUUACACCCUUUUGGCACUGUACUUCUGGGGGGUGGGUGAGAGUAAUAUCCCUGAAAUUUUAUGUUUGUCUUGAUUUGGUUUCUUCCUGUAAUUUUCUAGAAGUGUGUUUUUCAACCCAAAUUGCUUGGAAUCUCCGCAGACCUCCACACAAGUAAACGUAUGCUCUUUGGUACAGUCAAUGCUACCACACUGCAUCAGCGAGAGUGUUGUCCUCUGUAUUGUCUACAGCUAAGCAGCAAGCACUUUCAUAGCAAUAGUACAACCUUCUGGCAGUCUGGUACAAUGCACGAACUCUUGGAGUUUUAUAGUCAGCGUAGUGCGCUCGCUAAAAACCACGCUGCGUCGACAACU